AUGUCGCCACAGCCUGGGGAAGGGGCGGCAGGCGCCAGGUCGGGCCGCGAAGGUGGCAAGAAGAAGCCCCUGAAACAAUCCAAGAAGCAGAACAAGGAGAUGGACAAGGAAGAGAAGGCUUUCAAGCCGAAACAGAAGGAAGAACAAAAGACACCGGAGGAGCUAAAGGUGAAGGCCGCGGGGAAAGGGCCCCUGGCCACAGGUGGAAUGAAGAAAUCUGGCAAAAAGUAAGCUGUUCUUGGUGGCUGAGGCAAUGGUGGCCCUUGAUUCUGUUCCUGUGUAAACAUCUGGAUUCCCUGCUAGAACAU